AUUGUUGUUCUCCGUUUAAAGCGAAUAAGCUUCUGCUGACAGCACGGAUGCUAUCGACAUUCUCCAAGCUCGGGGUACGGCCAUUAGCCGCUGGGGCUCGAUGCUUGACCUCUUUGUCAGAGCCCUCGGCUCCUCACUUAGUGACGUCAUCCAUACCGGGACCUCGGAGCCUACAACUCAAAAAGGAACUCCAGGACAUUCAGAACGCCGAUGCGGUACAGCUGUUCGUCGACUACGAGAAAUCUAUUGGGAACUACCUAGUGGACGCUGAUGGCAAUACGUUUUUGGAUUGUUACACGCAAAUCUCAUCCUUGCCGCUGGGUUACAACCAUCCCGCAAUGAUCCAAGCUGUGACCAGUCCGAAGAACAUCUCUACAUUCGUAAAUCGGCCAGCGCUUGGGAUUCUGCCCCCAGAGAACCACGUCGAACGUCUGAGGCAUUCGUUGCUGUCAGUCGCUCCGGCGGGUCUCUCGGAAGUUCAAACCAUGGCCUGUGGUUCUUGUUCGAACGAGAACGCUUUCAAAGCUGUUUUCAUCAAAUACAUGGCCGACCAGAGGAACGGCAGAGCGCCUAGUCCCGAAGAACUGGAGAGCUGUAGAUACAAUAAGUCACCGGGGUCGCCGAAUCUAUCCAUCCUGUCCUUUGACGGAUCGUUCCACGGGCGUACUUUCGGAUGUCUCUCGACGACGCAUUCGAAGCCCAUUCACAAAUUAGACAUUCCGUCUUUCGAUUGGCCGAUCGCAAAAUAUCCAAGGUACAAGUUCCCUCUCGAGCAGAAUGUGGCUGAAAACGCGGCCGAGGACAAGAAAUGUCUCGCGCAUGUGGAAGAGUUGAUCGAGGAGUGGUCGAAGAAAGGAAGUCCAGUGGCUGGACUCAUUGUGGAGCCCAUCCAAGGCGAGGGGGGAGAUAAUCGAGCGUCAGACGAGUUCUUCCGUGCUCUCAAGGACCUGACCGAGAGAAAAGGUGUGAUUUUCAUCUGCGACGAGGUACAAACCGGAUGCGGCCCAACGGGCAAAUGGUGGGCUCAUGAGUAUUGGGGCAUGAGUACUCCACCCGACAUUGUGUGCUUCUCGAAGAAAAUGCUCACGGGAGGAUAUUAUUAUAAGACGGAAGUCAGACCGAAAGAAGCAUACCGAAUUUUUAACACUUGGGUCGGCGAUCCGACGAAACUUCUACUCCUGGAAGAGGUCAUCAAGGUUGUUAAACGAGAGAAUCUCCUGAAAAACAUCCAGGAAAGCGGUGCGGCAAUGUUGAACGGGAUGCUCGAGCUUUCGAAGAAAUACCCCGCCAUGAGCAACGUUCGCGGACGGGGGACCUUCUGCGCCGCUGAUAUGGCUACCCCCGGAGAUCGGGAUAAGCUCGUGAAGCAGCUGCAUCUUCAAGGAGUACAUUGCGGCGGCUCCGGAGAGAAGUCUCUCAGGUUGAGAACGGCUCUCACAUUCCAGAAGAAGCACGCCGACCUCUUCUUAGAGCGACUCGAAACAGUUCUCAAAACCUUUUGAUUGCGCACAUUGUCUAUCGGACCCCGAGCGUUGACUGGAUAGCUCCCCAGGGCAGCUCGAAUUAAUGUGCUUACUCGUCGCUAUCGUUCCGUUGAUUUUGAGGCUGGUGGUUCGAUAGAAGAUGCAAUACGAGGUCCGGAGGAUAGGACCGGGCGAUGAGUUGCGUCGAUGUAGCGACUUUCGAUGCUGCCAAUGGUGAAGUGGCCAAGCGAGGUUCCAUCCCAAUUUUGACAUUCCGAGAGCAGGCUAUACGGAACCCCGUACUAGGAAGGACCUUUUGUGAAAUAAGUCAUUGACUUCUCGAUUAUCAUUAUAUCGGGACCGUCGCCGAAAGCAAAUCACGACCAAGAGCUUCCUUCACUAACGAACCAGAAUUAAAAUAAAUGACUAUCGUCGAGA